GUUCGGUCAUUCAAGAGGCGAAGUCGGAACCUGCCUUUCAGGGCCAAGCCAUGCUGAGAGGAAUGCAACGUCGCAAUCAAAAGACUGAGGUAGUAGGGGAAAAUGUUCCCCAGAUGAGAAUCGAACUCGAGUCUUCUGCGUGCCACAGAAAGGAACGCCAGACUCGAACUUGCCUGUUAGACCGUCGGAGUCUUGCCGGGCAGUUUGUUCCUCCAUCAGUCAUGGCAGCAUUGGCGGCAUGGUUCAACGACCACGGAGAAGAUCAAGGCACCACAUCACAUAUGGAGCAAAGAAUGAAGGACCCUGGCGCCCCCUCCCACAACAGACCCAGAUGGCUGGAGGAGAUCCUCCUGCUUGGACCAGACAUCUCGGCCACCAACUGUCCAGACAUUGCAGCGUGUCCACUCUUGUACCGGUCACUGGACGCACGGGGCUGCUACCAAUGUGACUGGCCAGAGGAGUCAAGCCAGAGCUCAGCUCCGCCCCCAAAAUCACAAACCACACGACAUGUUGCUACAGAGAGUGUCUGGACAAGCCCAGACCACGAACAUCUGGCAGACUUCCACACACAGCCAGAGUUUGGUCUGGACUCCCUCAGAGUGACGUCAGCGGUCGCCGUGUCCAGUUCGUCGUUUGGCUCUCAAGUCGGCUCAGACAGUCUCACAAGUUUUGACAACUUAGAAGAUGAUUCUUCAAAUAUCGGUCAUAGUCUAGAUCCAGAACAAAGAUGGCGUCUCGAAGAUGACCAACGUUUUCUUUUCUCAAAUCUAGAACGAGAUGCGGACAAAGACAGCCUGAUUCAAGGUCAUUCACGUGAUGAGGUGUUCGGUAUUUCCUCUUCCGAAACUUGGUCUGACAACAAAAGCAAAGAAAGAGUUGCUUUUAAAGAAAUCCUUUCAGCGAACAGGGUUGGAAAUACCUUGAUACAUAACAAGCGUCCCCCUUUCCAGCGAGGAAAAGAUGGUCUGUUCAAUGAUUACCCAAUGUCAAGGUCGUUUUCGGAGAAAUACCCCUUGUCUCAAGUGCGCAUGGCGUACGAUGCGAAAUUUGGACUUGGUGACGUAGCCAGUGCCGGUGGUUACACCAACUUUGGAAGUAACGGGGCAAACGCUGGGAACUCCUAUAACAGUUUGGAUUACCGUAACUAUGACUACAACAACGACUAUAACGGUGUUGACUACAAUAAUAACAAUUUUGGAAAAUUUGGGUCAGAUAGCGGAUUUGGUACAAGCGGUGGGGGUGGAGGUCGGGAUUAUUACGGGCAAAAUACGUUUCAAAACGAUGAUAAAAGUCAGGAUAAUGGCGGUGAGAAGAGCAUAGAAAAUGACCACACUCACAAAGAUGAUGACGGUGUUGGUGGUGAUAAUGGUGGUGAUAACAAUGAUAACAAUGAUAAGGAUGACAGAGACAGUAAUGAUGACUUUGUGGAUCCUGACUCAUACGCCAAUAAUGAGGGGAGCGAUAAAGACAAGGAUCACGCCAGCAGCAGCAGCAACAAUAACAA